CAGAUGCGUCAUGGACAUAUUUAGAAAGAGGAGGCACGCGGCCCAAGCGGCCGCGCCUUCCGCCAUGGCCGGGAAUGCGCUGAGGGUAGUGUCGCCGAUCGACUUUCGGAAGGACUUGGGUGAAGAGUUGCAUGACGGCAUUAAGGCAACGGCGCUGCGGCCAGCGGGGAGCUCCAGCGUGUCGGCCAUGGCGGACGAGGGCCAGCGGCUUCGCGGCGGCAGGCGUUCGCAGCUUCGCCUAUAUCAAUUCAAGCCAGGAGUCGAUCAGGCCACUCAGGAGCAUAUCCGUCGCUGUUGGGGCAAUGAGCCGAGAAUACAGCGGCGCCGCCGGCGUGGCUCUGGCGUCAGGCGUGGCUUUGUUCAGUGCAAAUGCGACGGGCAACAGCUGUGCGCUGGACGCGGACGUGAAGGCGCAACUGGCGCGAAUGGAGCUGUCCCAGCGAGCCCGGGCUCAGCAGCACUACCAAGCAGACCUUACGGAGUGCAUGGAGGUUCUGCCGGCGCUGCACGGCUGUGGCGAUGCGUUGCUGGCGGCCCUGGAAGUGGUUCGCUCGGUUGUGCUGUCGGACUGCCGACUCAUCACGGACAGUGUGGAGUCCGAAGCCCAGCUGCUGGCGCAACUCGGCAUUACAAUGGCCGACCUGAACGCAAUUGCAGCCGCAGCAGCGGCGCCACGGCCAGCUGAGCUGUCCAUUGAGGAGGCUGCGCAGCGAACACCGGAACAGGUCAAGGCGGAUGAGGCGGCGAAGCAGGCUCGGGAAUUCCCGGACCAGGUCAUGGCGGUCACGGCAGCGUCACGCCAGGUACCCGUGCUGGUGACUCAAACCAGUGUGGAUGAACACGGCGCAGUCUGUGCGCAUGCAUCCCUGUACACCGGUGGCUCUGUCUUGCCGACCUGCAAUCCUGAGGGCAGCUGCGGCCGAGGCGAUAGUGGGUGUCGUCCAGGCGCUACGCCCAUAGCAGCGGACGGCGGGUGUGCUGCAGCUCCGGCGGUUGGUGGGGGCGGCGGCGGCGCGCCGGUGCAGCAGCAGCAGCAGCAACACGUGGUGGACGCAUCGGAGGUCAGCUACGUGACCAUCUGGCGUGGCCAUGCGUACAGCGGGGUUCCGGUGGGCGGCAGCAUCUCUUUCCUGCUGCCAGCUUUGGAGAUCGUGUCGCAGUCGGCCUGCAAGGAGCUGGGAAUGCCGUUCCAUAUGGGCUUGGUUCCUUCCGAGGCUCGCCGGUAUCUGGAGGAGGUGUCGCUGCCAAUCUACGUAAACGAGGGCCGUGUCGAAGCCCUGGCCCCCGGUCCAGCUCGUGGCUUCCUGGAGGACGUCGGGCUGAAGGUGCCGGUGGAGUCGGUGCUGGCACCUGACGGUCAUCAGCGAAGCGGCGGUGCUCGCGGUACCGCAACGGCACCGGUAGGCCUCGACUCCAACGACCUACCCGGGCCAAGCUUCUAUGACGCGUGGGUGGCGGCGGCACCGCGGCCGCUGCUGCGGACUCAUUCCUGGGCGGUAUGGGCGGUGCUGGAGGCAGCAGAUUCCAGGGCUUUCCCGACGAGGAUCCUGGGAACAUUCCUGCACAUCGGCAGUGCUACAUUACAGCGCGGGAUCGCGUCCGGCUGGGACCCUCAAGCUGUGCCGCGGCCCCACCAAACACUGUGGCUGGUGGCAACACUGGAAAGCGGCAUCGCGAGGUGGCUGGUGCCCUUCAGCAGAUCCCGCGCGUGGAGCGUGCUGCCGGCAGUCCAAAGGCGCCCAAGCUGCACCAUGGUGCACGCACGUCGCCACGUGCCGCGGGAGGUAUGGCAGCUGCGCGGGAAGCAGACCGUGCCGUGGUCGGCAAUGGUGGUGUCGCUGGUGCGUAUGGAGGCUAUGACGAUGACAACGCUGCGCACUACAACGCCGCGCAAAGCGGCGGGAAUGACGUGGCGGCUGCAGCCGGUGGUCACGACCAGGUGCAAAUGGACAGCUGCAGUAUGUCGGAUGUAGACAGUGCCGCUCAUGGCGGCGAGGACAGGGACUACUGCAAGCGGCAGCGUCGGCGGCGGAAGCGCCAGUCCAAGACAUCAUCCAAUGGCAAGCCGGGUGAGUGCGUCAGCGGGCGGGGCGGGUUGUGUAGCGGUGGCGUGGGUAACGAUGAGUCGUUGAGGUCGCGUGUGUGUGAUGGUAAAGCGCUGGCGGAAGUGGCGAAGGAAAACGGUGAGGAGUCCAUUCAAGAUAGUCAAGCGGCGCUGCGUGAGAAAGCGCGUGUUUUUGCGGAACUUGUGGUAAACGCGCCGUUCUCAGCGGCAACGGCUAAGGCCCGCGAGAAUGAGGCUGCGGCGUGGAGGUCAUACAAUGAGGUGUGCGCGCGGGAGUUCUGGCAUGAGAAACCAGAGAGUAAGGGUAGGUGGCCCUUGCCAGUUCGCCAAUGGUGUGAGCUGCUUGUUUUGUUGCGUCGCAAGUAUGGGUCGUACAACGCCUUUUGCAACGCCAUCAAUAUGGUAUGCAAAGUCGGUAGCAAGGCCGCCCACAAUGUGCAUAUAGCUGAAAGUCAGCGUGCUGGCGUUGACGUUGGGAGCAUGCAAGGAGUACGGGACUUUGAUCCGCGGGUCAUUUAUCAGGCGCAGCAUCGCAGCACUAUGGAUUUGGUCAGGAGGGACUCAGGUGUGCAGGUCAAGCAUACGGAAUAUAUCAACAUGGAGGAAGCACGUAACGGGCACAAAUUUACCGACCAUACCUCAUUGCCAGGGCUGCAAGAGAGUGCAUGCUGGAACAUGGAAAACUUGAGCGGCGGGCGGCGGCCCCGCAGCAUUGCCGCUCUGCGUGUUCGCCAUUUGCGGUGGACUGUUACCAGCGUGAAGCAUAGCUCGGGUAACUCAUGGCUCGCUCCGAGCCUGACAUAUGAGCCGCCCUCAACGGCAGGGAGCACGCAGCUUGCCGCCGAUGGGAGCAACUAUGCGGACAUGGUAAGACACGGCGGCAGUCCGGCACAGCAGUGCUGUGAUGUUGGUUGGUGUCAUGUUGAUUGGGGCAUCGAGGGCGGCUGCGGGACCCCAGGCGAGCCGUCACAAAAACCAACAAGGCUGUCCACGCGUGCUGUUCAGGUAACGAUUUCCUUUACGCGUCAGCACCACUGACCACUGGUGCGUGGAGUCAUCGUACGAGACGGUUUUGGCCUUAGCAAAAUCAUCAA